CAGGCCUUGGUGACUCCAACCAUGCAGGACUGCCCUCCCCAGAAGGACCACCCCAGCAGGCCAAAGAGGGGCCUCCCAGCUUCUUUCCUCUGCUCCCGGUGACCUCCACCGACUGUGUCCCUGACACUUGAGUUGGUGGCAACUUAGGGAGGAGCUAUCUCAGAGGGCCAGGCUGCUUGGGUGAGGGCUCCUGCACCAUGCCGACCAAGGCCACGUGCAUGCGUCACACAGAGGCUCCUGGGCAGCUGGAAGCCAGAAUGCUCAAGGGACGCCUUCCCGGAGCAAACAAAGACCUCCUCCCAAGCCCUGGGGCCCUGCCCACUCCCCACCGCCAGGACCCUGAGAAGAACCCCGUGCCUUCUUUCAGUGAUCCGGCAAAAAUCAGCAGUGAGGACCCCCAAGCCCGGGCAAAACCCACCACCCCUCAGCCCCCCACGAGGCCCAGGCUAGAGCGGACCCUGUCCUUAGAUGAUAAGGGCUGGAGAAGGAGGCGUUUUCCACGGAGCCAGGAGGACCUGGCCACCCAGGGUGGGGCCAGCCCCUACAAGGGCUCCGAGCAGGACAUGGCCCCCCAGGCCCCGGCCCACAGUUGCCCUCCACCCUGCCUGAGCACAUCUUUGCAGGAGAUCCCCAAGCCCCGCAGGGCUGUGGGCAGUGAGGGUGGAAGCCCCUCUUCAUGGGGUAACUGUCUCUCUGGAAUGAUCAGCACCUCCCUGGAGUUGCUGCACAGGGAGGCUGCCCCAGCUGGGAGCUCCCCGAGGCUGGCCAUCCUGUGUCCCCCUCGCCCACCACCCACCCCAGAUCUGAACGUGGCCUCCAACUCCCCAAGGAUGGCAAACAAGGUUGACUCCGAGCAUGCCGACCACAAGCACCACGCACAGCCCAGGCUGGUACGGGCCCAUAGCAGCCUGGGCCAGCCACGGAGCCCCCUGGCCUGUGACACCCACUCCCUUCAUUCAGCCAAGUCUUUCUUCAGCCUCCUGGCGCCCAUCCGCACCAAGGACGUCCGGAGCAGGAGCUACCUGGAGGGGAGUCUCCUGGCCAGUGGGGCCCUGCUAGGGGCAGAUGAGCUGACCCAGUACUUCCCAGACCGGAACAUGGCCCUCUUUGUGGCCACCUGGAACAUGCAGGGCCAGAAGGAGCUCCCGCCAAGCCUGGAUGAGUUCCUGCUGCCCACCGAGGCUGACUACACCCAGGACUUGUAUGUCAUUGGGGUGCAGGAGGGCUGCUCUGACAGGCGGGAAUGGGAGACACGCCUUCAGGAGACACUGGGCCCCCGCUACGUGCUGCUGUCCUCGGCAGCCCACGGGGUUCUGUACGUGUCCUUGUUCAUCCGCAGGGACCUCAUCUGGUUCUGCUCAGAGGUGGAGUGCUCCACGGUGACGACACGCAUCGUGUCCCAGAUCAAGACCAAGGGGGCCCUGGGCGUCAGCUUUACCUUCUUCGGCACCUCCUUCCUCUUCAUCACGUCCCACUUCACCUCUGGUGAUGGGAAGGUGGCCGAGCGGCUGCUGGACUACACCAGAACCAUCCAAGCCCUGGCUCUGCCUAGGAACGUACCAGACACCAACCCCUACCGUUCCAGUGCAGCGGAUGUCACCACCCGGUUCGAUGAGGUGUUCUGGUUUGGAGACUUUAACUUCCGCCUAAGUGGUGGACGCAUGGCUGUGGAGGCCAUCCUGAAGCAGGGUCUGGAUGUGGAUGUGCCGGCACUGCUGCAGCAUGACCAGCUCAUCCAGGAGAUGAAGAAAGGGUCCAUCUUCAAGGGCUUCCAGGAACCGGACAUCCACUUCCUCCCAUCAUACAAGUUUGACAUUGGGAAGGACACCUAUGACAGCACCUCCAAACAGAGGACCCCCUCCUACACGGACCGGGUCUUGUACAGAAGCCGCCAUAAGGGCGACAUCUGUCCUGUGAAGUACUCUUCCUGCCCUGGGAUUAAGACAUCUGACCACCGCCCCGUCUAUGGCCUUUUCCGGGUGAAAGUGAGGCCUGGCCGAGAUAACAUUCCACUAGCUGCUGGCAAGUUUGACCGAGAACUGUACUUGAUAGGAAUUAAAAGACGGAUUUCGAAAGAAAUUCAGAAGCAGCAAGCAAUGAAGAAUCAGAACCCCAGUACCAUCUGCACCAUUUCCUGAAGUUGUUAGAGGAGGACCUUUGACCUAGAGCUGCUGGAGAAGACUGCAGUGUGUGCUCCUGACACCUGUCAUUCAUUCUCGGGUCCUGACGCACUGCCACUAGGGCUGCCCUACUUUCUCACCAAGAAACCCCCAGGCCAGACUGCAUCCCAGGAAGAAAGCUGCCUUCACUUACUUGGGCGAGCCUGUACUUAAGACUUGUCCCCACAGGCCCCAAGUGGGGGGCUUCUCAGGGUAUUGAAACUCCCAUGACCUGCCUAGUGCCACAGCCUCUCCCUCCAUUCCUUCAUUUGCGGUUCCAUACCCAGAGCCAGUUUCUAUGUCCCACACAAGCUGGGCCCUUCCUCUCCACACAGGUGUAUGGGGGUCAGGCCCUGGAUCUGCCCUACAGCAUGCUGAGGCCAUGUUGGGGUCAUGACAGUUGCCCUCUCCCAGGCCUUGAGCCCUCUCUUCCUUGGGCUGAGGCCCAUGUGCUGAUCCUAUCUCCCCCACCCCCAGCUGAGUGAGGGCCACCUCCCUUCCCUCCAGAGGCCAAGCCCAGCUAUGUGCUGCAUCCGUUUUAGUGAUCAGCAGACCAUCUGCUUUUGUGACAUCAGCCACAGGGUGGUGUUAACAGAGAUGGUACUUCCUGCCCUGGACACUUAGGUUGGGCAGGGAAGCCUAGCUGGGGACUCUGUUCCUUAAAGAGGGCUUUGACCACAUCAUUGCUCUUUGAGUCUUAUAUUCUUGACAAGAUACAGCCUUGAAUGUACAGAGAUUAGG